GAAAUUAGAGCAAAGUACGAACCAAUAGUUUGGCCAUAUCUAAGGCUGAGGAAAGGAUAGCCCAAAAAACGCAUAAAAUGUUCUGAGAGACCACCCCUGUAACCCUCCUUCCAACCAAAUCAUGUCCAUUUCCAUGGCCUUGUUUUCUCCUCCAACCCACCCUCUAUUCCUUUCUCCCUCUAUAUCUCCCAAACCCCAUCUCACCCUCAAACCUCACCUCUCUCUCAGACCACCGACGGCCCCUUUCUUCCAACUCUCCACCACCAGGGCUUCAGCAGACAUUGGAGCUGCAAGUUCAGCCUCAGCUGCCAACGCACCUGAACCUCCGCAGCCGGUAGUUGAGAAGGAUGAGGGCCCUGCUGGGGACAAUGGAUUCUUGGGGGCAGCGGAAGGAGUAGAUGUUAAGCUGGUGAGUAAGUUUGAGGACCCCAGAUGGGUCGGAGGGACUUGGAACUUGAAGCAGUUUGAGAAAGAUGGAAAGCCAGACUGGGAUGCUGUUAUUGAUGCUGAGGCUAAGAGGAGAAAAUGGCUCGAGAGUAACCCUGAAUCAUCCAGUAAUGAUGACCCUAUAGUGUUUGACACAUCCAUCAUACCUUGGUGGGCAUGGACGAAAAGGUUCCAUCUACCUGAAGCAGAACUACUUAAUGGCCGUGCUGCAAUGAUAGGCUUCUUCAUGGCUUAUCUGGUUGACAGCUUGACUGGGGUCGGUCUGGUUGACCAAAUGGGCAACUUCUUUUGUAAAACUCUAUUGUUUGUAGCCGUUGUUGGAGUUCUUGUGAUCCGGAAGAAUGAGGAUAUAGAGAACUUAAAGAAGCUGCUGGAAGAGACAACCUUUUAUGACAAGCAAUGGCAAGCAACCUGGCAGGAUGAGACCCCUGGUGGAUCCAAGAAUCAGUAAUGAAAUUGCGAUUCUGGAGUUUGCCCUUCAAAUUUAAUCUGCAUCUUUCUUGAGUUAUCAGAAAAAGAAGGAAGAAAAAAAAUAAUGAGCUCCUUCUUAGUUACCUGUUAUUGUAAUUACUUUGUUCUAGUGGAGAAUGAUGAUUUAAAUUCCCAUCAGUCAGUGUUUUUAGUCUUCUAAUAAUUAGUUCUUUUGCAUUUGCAGUUGCAA